AUGUACGAAAUCAGGGCGCUCUCUGACGACCAGAUUCGAGAGGAGUUGGAGAAGUCCUACAAAGAACUGAUGAACCUGCGGUUCAGGGACGCUACCAACCAAUGCGCCCGCGUAACGCGUUUUUACGUCCACGACCCCGACAAUCAAUGUCGCAUCGGCGACACGGUUCGGAUCCAGGAAACUCGCCCGAUCUCCCGCACCAAGCACUGGCGGUUGCUGGACAUCAUGGCACGCCGUGAAGUCGCCGACGUGCGGCCGAUCGAUCUGGAGGACAGCUCCCUACUUCGCACGGCGGCUGCUGAAUCCGACGAGGAACCAAAUGAUGCGGAAGACGCGGCGAUGGAAGAUGCCGACGACGAGGAAGCGUAG